UUUCCUGGGAAGAGCCUUGAGAGAGAACCUAAGCUGAAGGAGGAGCCUUGAUUCGAGUGAGCUACCUGGCACCAUGAAAAUAUCAAGGGUCUUUCUGUUCCUCUCUCUGGCUCUUUUAUGCUUUUCUUCAGGUGUCUUCACUCAAGGCAAACAGGAAAAAAGAGGCUGGCUCACAAGAUCAAAGAGCCAAUGGCCAGGGAAAGGUGCCUUAAGAAGCCAUCUCUUUCACGUUGACUGCAGUAAGUUCAGUGAUCCCAAGUUCUUCUGCACUCGGGAAUCAGACCCGCACUGUGGCUCUGAUGGUCAGACAUAUGGCAAUCAAUGUGCCUUCUGUAAGGCAGUGGUGAAAAACGAUGGAAAGAUCUACCUAAAGCAUCAUGGAAAAUGCUGAAUCCCAAAGCCAGUGUGUCACACUGGCUGCCAGCUCUUGUGUUUUCUCCCUUCUGCUUUUCUUGUAUCUGGGGAAUCCCUUGAGUUUAUAAAGACAGCUUUUACUCUGACUGUCAGUGUAUGUCUGUCUCCCUUGAUUUGCUUCUCAAUAAAGUAAAUUCUGAAGAAGAAUUGAAGGUGAUUUUAUUUGAAGAUCAAGACACAGACAUGCAAUGUAGAAUAAUGGACCUGAGAUAAUUUGGGAUCCCAAGACCUGUUAUCUGAUCUCAUCAACUACCCAACCAGUAUGA